AUGAUGAUGCAGGAGUCGGCCACAGAGACAAUAAGCAACAGUUCAAUGAGUCAAAAUGGAAUGAGCACCCUAAGCAGCAGCCAAUUAGAGGCUGGCAGUAGAGAUGGGAGAUCAAGCGCUGGUGACACAAGCAGCGAAGUAAGCACAGUCGAGCUGCUGCAUCUGCAACAACAGCAGCCUGGCUAUCAGCAGACAGUCUCCACAGAAUAG